UGAGUAGUUUUUAUCAAUUAUCUAAGUGAAAUUUUAGACGUUGCUAUCCAUGUAUCCUCUAAUAGUUUACUGACUUAAUACGGACACAAAUCUCUAUUAAAGAUGAACAUGUUUUACUGUGUAUUUCUGUUGGCGGUGUUUCUAUGUACUUUAGAUAAUAUAAGUGCUUGUGAUAUAAACGCACUUUGUCAAGAGCAUGAAUCACUGAUGCCGUUUAUCGCACACCCAAGUACCUGUUCAAAAUCGUUUAAAUGUAAAAAUGGAGAAGCCGUAAUCUAUAAUUGUCCUAAUGGAGAAGAGUUUUCUGAAGAGUUACAAAAAUGUGUUACAUCAGGAAAUGGUAAUUGUGAUGCAAGAAAUAAAGAAUGUUCGCAGAGUAAUUAUAAUUCAAGUGUUUGUGACCCAAAAAAAUUUUGUCACGAAUACGAAUUAGUAAUGCCGUUUAUCGCUCAUCCGCAUGAUUGCACUAAAUCGUAUAAAUGUAAAAAUGGAGAAGCUGUUCUUUUUCAUUGUCCCAGUGGACUGGAAUUUUCUGAGAUGUUACAAAAAUGUGUUGAAGCUGGACAGAGUACUUGUAAAUCUACGUGUACAUAAAAACAGUAAUAAUUAUUUUAUCUAAAGCUAUUUGAAUAAAACUUGAUAAUGUCACA